GCCCAGCGGAAAGUUUUCUGUGUCCGGAGGAAGUUGGACCUUUGGAGACUCGGAGACAGCAGCUACCGAGGCUGCGGGGCUCUGCGCGGCCAUGGAGAUGGAGGAGCCCCCUUUGCGGGAGGAAGAGGAGGAAGAGGAGGAGGAGGACGAGGCUGGCCCCGAGGGGGCUCUGCGCAAGAGCCCCUUCCAGCUGACCGCCGAGGACGUGUAUGACAUCUCCUACGUGGUGGGCCGCGAGCUGAUGGCGCUGGGCAGCGACCCCCGGGUGACACAGCUGCAGUUCAAAAUCGUCCGCGUGCUGGAGAUGCUGGAGACGCUGGUGAGCGAGGGCAGCCUGGCGGCGGAGGAGCUGAGGAUGGAGCGGGACAGCCUCCGCAAGGAGGUGGAGGGGCUGCGGAGAGAGGGCGCGGCGGCCAGCCCCGAGGGAAGCCUGGGACCAGGCAAGAUGGUGGUUGACCUGACCGACCCCAACCGGCCGCGCUUCACUCUGCAGGAGCUGAGGGACGUGCUGCAGGAGCGCAACAAGCUCAAGGCGCAGCUGCUGCUGGCGCAGGAGGAGCUGCAGUGCUACAAGAGUGGCCUGAUUCCAGCAAGAGAAGGCCCCGAAGGGAGAAGAGGAAAGGACACUAUGGUUGCCAGGGCCAGCAACGCCAGCAGAGACAAGGAGGAGAAGACCAUCAUAAGGAAGUUGUUCUCCUUCCGAUCUGGGAAGCAGACAUAGAUCGGAGGCGGCGGUUCUCAGAUUCUAGAAGACAACCCACCAGGAAGACUUCCCAGUCUGCUCAGUGCCACGCUGACCCACUGUACUCGCUCAUGUGUUUCCCCUCAGCGCCGUCCGAGGAGCGAGGAGGUGAGGUUCUCUCUCGAUCACUGUCUCCCCGGCUGCAGAACUGGACACCCCCGAAGGCUUGGCCAGGGCAGGGCAAGUGGCACCCAGAAAUCAAGAAAGCAGAAGGAAAAGAAAAAAAAAAAAGCAGAAGGAAAAGAAAAACCAACAGAAAAUAAAAAAACGAAAGCAGAAGCAAAGUGCACGGGGGCCACCACCUGCCCACGUCAGCCGUCGAGGGAUCUCGGGGCUCUGCCUCUCUGGCCCCACACUUGACCUUGCUCUUCACCACUUGACCUUGCUCUUCACUGUGUGGCAGCCCUAGCAGCCAGGCACCAGCCCAAAGGGAGAGGGGAGAAAGCCGGAAAGUGUGGUUAUCGACCUUCCGGGGACUUCACUGAUAUUUAGUGACUGUCUGACUUUGCUAACAUGACUUUCUUUACGAGGAGAUUUUCGUAUUAAAGUAAAGGACUUCCCUUCUUUAAGUAUUUUAGAGUUGUCUCUCAGCUCGUGUGACCUUUCAGGUCUCGGUUUCCACGUCUGUGAACUAUGUGUGUACGGAGAGCUGGCGUAUCUUUGGUGCGUUGAGUCUAAGUGAUGUGCCAUUAUUUUGUGUGUCAGUGUGAGAGAAAAAAUGUUACAAAUUAUAACAU